UGGCGCCCACCCGCCCGGCCGCCGCAGCCGGCUCCGGCGCCGCGGUACGCGCGUCUGGCCGGAAAAGCAGCUCCAGCUUCAGUCGCGGGGUGGGAGGAGGAGGAGGCGGCGGCGGCGGCGGCGGGGGCGGCGUCGCCGAGGGGCGCGGGUGUUAAACCUGAGGGCGCCGCCGACAUGGUGUCCCAGGUGCUGCAGCUGCUCCGGCAGGGGGUGUGGGCCGCGCUCACCGGGGGCUGGUACCACGACCCCGAGCAGAGCACGUUCACCAACAGCUGCCACCUGUACCUGUGGCUGUUCCUCCUGCUGCUGCCCCUGGCCUUGCACCUGGCUUUUCCUCCAAAUGCGGUCACUGUAUUUUUUUACUGCAGUUCAGUGACUAUAUUCUUCACAAUAAUCAAAUUGGUCAGUUACCGCCUACACCUCAUGUUUGAUAAAGGAGAAAUAAUUCAGCAAAAGCCAUCCAGUAAGAAAGAAAAGACAAAUAAAGACAAAGAGGCUAUCAGUGAACGAAUAACCAAUCAUAAAAUCCCAAGCAGUAACACGCAGAUUCAAAAUGGCAAAAAGGAAGAGGGCAGUCGGAACCUCUCCACACCUCCCCUCCGCUGCAGCUCUAGAGGACAGAGCCCAAACUCUCAUCACUCUUCCACGCUGUUGGAGUUGCCAGAACAGGAAACAGUAGAAGAUCUCAAAGGUGUCAUUCUGUCAGAAGACCAACCCAUAGCGCCAGAGUCAUCUACCUCACCUGGUAUCAAAAGGGAAAGCUUACCUGCUUCUCAGGUGUGCACGCUGGAAGCCACACCCAAGUCAGCAAUACCAGUGAAACCAACUGCCACAGAAACUCUCAUCAAUGACAAAGGGACAGAAAGAAGGAGAAAGGGGCAGCCUCCUGUGCGCCACAGAUCUGAGGGUGGCUUAGUGGAUAAGGGACCCUUGAAGAAAUUGCCCCACCUGUCUUUGUCUCAGUACGACUUAAUAGAAACAGAUGUUUCUUUCCAGCCGUGGGGGAGUGAGAAUUCAGUCCUGAUUCCAGAACCUGCCAGUUGUCGUCUGUGCUCCAUACGGGAACAGUUACAAAGCAGGUCACCUCAGGACAGUCUGAGCAGCAGCUGCCCGCAGUGUCACACUGUCAUGAUCAGACCUGCGGAAGAGCUGGUGGGCACUUCUGGUCAGGGGUGCCUACCCUUGCACCAGGAAGUGGACUACUCAGAUAGUGAGGUGGCUGUGACGCUCAUUGAUACUUCUCAGCCUGGAGACCCCCUGAGUCUGCAUGAACCCAUUAAAAUUGUCAUCACCAUGAGCAGUACUGCAGACUCCAUGACAGACUUGGAAAGCUCCCUCCACCUGAAGGUGAUUGGCACCGAGAGGACUGGCCUAAAGUCUGAUGCCGAGCCAGCUACCCCAGGGGUGGCCAGCCCUCCAAACACUAAGCAGACCAGAAUCCCUGUGAUUACCCUUCAGCUGUCCGAGGAUGGGGGAGGAAGCACGACGUGUCCUGAAGGCGGAGGGAGUGGAAGGGCUUCAGAGAGGCUGCAAGCAGAGGUGUCUUCUAGUCAGUGCAGUCCUGGCUACUACACAUCUGGGGAGGUGGAAUGUGCCGCCAAGGACCGCAAUCCUUCCUGGGCAACAGCACCCCCACUCACACCUCCUGUGGCCUCUGAGUCUGAGGCGGGGAAGGAAGGCCAGGCUAACCUUGACCCAUCGUCUUGUAAGAACAGCCAUGAAAAGAGACAUGCCCGGGUACUCAGUGUAGAUAGUGGGACAGAUGUCUUCUUGAGUAAAAGUUCCACAGAAAUUAUUAAUGAUAAAGAGAAAACAAUGCCAACUUCCAAAUCUGACCUAGAGGCUAAGGAAGGGCAAAUACCACACGAGUCCAACUUCUUGGAAUUUGUCUCCCUGUUGGAAUCAAUUAAUACUUCCAAGGUGGUGGCAGCUGAGCAGCUGACUGGGUCAGCAGGGCAGAACCAAGAAGGGGGGCUUCUCCCAGGUGCGACUCCACGGAACAGAACUGUCUGUUCUGAAGACUACACAGAAGGUAAUUGUUCCCAGGAGAAAAAGGAAGAAAUUCUGGAAAGUGAAAAGCCCAUUGGACAAAAUUUCAAGCAAAGAAAACCAGACUUACAAAGUCAAGACCACACUGGUACUAGUCCUGUGUUCAUUCAACCUGCCAGGACUCCUGCCUUUUUCCAGGGCAAUAGACAAAGACAAAUUAUCUACAGAGUAACUUCCCAACAAGACAGUUCUGUCUUGCAAGUCAUCAGUGGGCCUGAAACAUCUGUGCAAGAGGAGAUGUCUGUGGAUGCCAUGCACGUCUUCCUUGAUGAACAUGGGGAAAUUAGAUCCUGUUAUUUAAAGUCUGGAAAUGAGAAAGAAGGCCCUUUACAACAUCCUCCAUUAAAUUAUGACUGUGUCUUUCAGGCUCGGGAGAUUCAGGUCAGCUCCUCCAGCACCGAAACUUCUGAAAGUCAAGAUCCCUCUUCUGGAGACCCUGUCGUCAGUGCCCUUCAGCAGCAGCUGUUACUAAUGGUGGCUCGGAGAACCCAGUCAGAAACCCCGCGGCAUGUGAGUCAGGAUCUAGAAGACUCGUCAUGUUCUUCCACACAAGGAAAAUUUAACCGAGAGCAGUUUUACAAAUUUAUCAUUUUCCCUGGCAAGUGGAUUAAAGUCUGGUACGAUCGACUUACCUUGUUGGCAUUACUUGAUAGAACUGAAGAUGUCAAGGAGAAUGUGCUGGUGAUUUUACUCGUUGUUCUGGUCUCCCUGCUUGGAUUUCUGACAUUGAACCUGGGCUUCUGCAAGGAUAUGUGGGUGCUCGUCUUCUGCCUGGUCAUGGCCAGCUGCCAGUACUCCCUGUUAAAGAGCGUUCAGCCUGACCCCGCCUCACCAAUACACGGACACAACCAAAUCAUAACAUACAGCAGACCAAUCUAUUUCUGUGUGCUGUGUGGCCUUAUUUUGCUUCUUGAUACCGGGGCCAAAGCCAGGCACCCUCCCCGUCACGUUGUAUAUGGCCUGAAGCUCCUCUCUCCUGUGGCCCUGCAGUCAGCUAGGGACUUCUUAAUAGCAUUUUUGUAUUGCUUCCCUGCGAUUUCUCUCCUUGGGCUUUUCCCUCAGAUCAACACUUUCUGCAUUUAUCUUUUGGAACAAAUUGACAUGCUGUUUUUUGGAGGUUCCGCUGUGUCGGGGCUUACCUCGGCUGUGUACAGUGUAGCCCGGAGCGUCCUGGCUGCUGCCCUGCUCCACGCAGUUUGCUUCAGUGCGGUGAAGGAGCCGUGGAGUAUGCAGCACAUCCCAGCACUUUUUUCAGCUUUCUGUGGCCUCUUGGUUGCACUUUCUUACCAUCUGAGCCGGCAGAGCAGUGACCCCUCUGUGCUCAUGUCCUUUAUUCAAUGCAAACUAUUUCCUAAAUUUUUACAUGAAAAUUUGGAAGAGUCGGUUGCAGACCCUCUCCCCAAGAAGAUGGAAGACUCCGUGAAGGACAUGUUGAAGUCUGAUCUCCUCGUCUGUGCGGUCGCCGCUGUCCUCUCGUUUGCAGUCAGUGCCAGCACUGUGUUUCUGUCAUUACGACCAUUCCUUAGCAUCGUGCUGUUUGCCCUGGCAGGCUCUGUGGGCUUUGUGGCACAUUACGUACUCCCUCAGCUCCGCAAGCAUCAUCCCUGGAUGUGGAUCUCACACCCCGUCCUCAAGAAUAAGGAGUAUCAUCAGCGGGAACUGAGAGAUGUCGCCCAUUUAAUGUGGUUUGAAAGACUCUAUGUUUGGCUUCAGUGUUUUGAAAAAUAUGUCUUGUACCCAGCAAUAAUUUUGAACGCCCUCACUAUUGAUGCAUUUUCAAUAAGCAAUUACCGGAGACUUGGCACCCACUGGGACAUUUUUCUGAUGAUCAUCGCAGGCAUGAAGCUGUUGCGCACUUCUUUCUGCAACCCUGUUCACCAGUUUAUUAACUUGGGCUUCACCGUCGUCUUUUUCCACUUCGACUACAAAGAUAUUUCAGAGAGUUUCUUACUGGAUUUCUUCGUGGUGUCCAUUGUAUUUAGCAAGCUUGGGGACCUACUUCACAAGCUGCAGUUCGUCAUGGCGUACGUGGCUCCCUGGCAGAUGGCUUGGGGCUCGUCCUUUCACGUGUUUGCCCAGCUCUUUGCCAUCCCUCAUUCCGCCAUGCUUUUCUUUCAGACGAUUGCCGCGUCAAUCUUCUCUACCCCACUGAGCCCGUUUCUUGGGAGUGUCAUUUUCAUUACAUCAUAUGUCAGGCCGGUGAAAUUCUGGGAGAAAAACUACAAUACAAGGCGAGUGGAUAAUUCCAACACAAGACUGGCAGUCCAAAUCGAAAGGGAUCCAGGUAAUGAUGACAAUAAUCUCAACUCUAUAUUUUAUGAGCAUUUGACAAGGACCCUCCAGGAGUCCCUCUGUGGAGACUUACUUCUCGGUCGCUGGGGCAACUACAGCUCUGGAGAUUGCUUUAUUUUGGCUUCAGAUGACCUCAAUGCCUUCGUUCAUCUGAUUGAAAUUGGAAAUGGUCUUGUCACCUUUCAACUUCGAGGACUGGAAUUCCGCGGAACCUAUUGCCAGCAAAGGGAGGUGGAAGCCAUCAUGGAAGGCGAUGAGGAUGACAGAGGCUGCUGCUGCUGUAAACCAGGCCACUUGCCCCACCUGCUGUCCUGCAACGCUGCGUUUCACCUCCGCUGGCUGACCUGGGAGAUUGCACAGACACAGUACAUCCUGGAGGGCUACAGCAUCUUAGACAACAACGCAGCCACCAUGCUGCAGGUGUUUGACCUCCGAAGGCUCCUCAUCCGUUACUACAUCAAGAGUAUAAUAUACUAUAUGGUAAUAUCCCCCAAACUCCUCUCCUGGAUCAAAAAUGAAUCACUGCUGAAGUCCCUGCAGCCCUUUGCCAAGUGGCAUUACAUUGAGCGGGACCUUGCGAUGUUCAACAUUAACAUCGAUGAUGACUACGUCCCGUGUCUCCAGGGGAUAACGCGAGCUAGCUUCUGUAACGUUUAUCUAGAGUGGAUUCAGUACUGCACUCGGAAGAGACAGGAGCCGUCAAAGACCAUCGUGGACAGUGACGAGGACUCUGCCUUGGUGACUCUCUCUUUUGCUCUGUGCGUCCUGGGGAGGCGAGCCCUGGGAACUGCCGCCCACAAUAUGGCCAUCAGCCUGGAUUCUUUCCUGUAUGGCCUCCAUGCCCUCUUCAAAGGCGACUUUAGAGUAACAUCACGAGACGAGUGGGUGUUUGCUGACAUGGACCUACUGCAUAAAGUUGUCGCUCCAGCCAUCAGGAUGUCCCUGAAACUUCACCAGGACCAGUUCACGUGCCCUGACGAGUAUGAAGACCCCGUGGUCCUCUAUGAGGCUAUCCAGUCCUUCGCGGAGAAGGUGGUCAUCUGCCAUGAGUGCGACCCGGCCUGGCGGGGUGCGGUGCUGUCCAACAGGGAGGAGCUGCUCACCUUGCGGCACGUGGUGGAUGAGGGCACCGAUGAGUACAAGGUCAUCAUGCUCCACAGAGGCUUCCUGAGCUUCAAGGUCAUCAAGGUGAACAGGGAGUGUGUGCGGGGGCUGUGGGCCGGCCAGCAGCAGGAGCUCGUCUUCCUCCGGAACCGCAACCCGGAGCGCGGCAGCAUCCAGAACAACAGGCAGGUGCUGCGCAACCUCAUCAACUCCUCCUGCGACCAGCCCCUGGGCUACCCCAUGUACGUGUCCCCGCUGACCACCUCCUACCUAGGGACCCACAGGCAGCUGAAGAGCGUGUGGGGCGGACCCGUCACUCUGAACAGACUCAGGACAUGGUUCCAGACCAAGUGGCUGAGAGUACGCAAGGACUGUAACACCCGCCAGCACAGCAACAGCAAUGUUGAAGACGCAGAUGGUGGAGGGGGCCCUGUGAUAGGAGGCAGCCAUGCCCAGAGUGGUGGCAGCCAGGAGAGCAGCACAGAACAGCCCAGAAAAGGUGGAUCCCAGGCCUGGGCCUCAUCCCAUGAAGGGACACAGGGGACAGGCAGGAGGAAGGGCAGGAGCCAGUCUGUUCAGGCACACUCGACUCUGAGCCAAAGGCCGCCAGCGCUGAGCUCAUCUGGCCCGAUAUUAGAGAGCCACCAGGCCUUCCUCCAGACGUCCACGUCGGUCCACGAGUUGGCCCAGCGGCUGUCGGGCAGCCGGCUGUCCUUGCACACCUCGGCUGCAUCUGUGCACUCCCAGCCACCGCCAGUCACCACCACGGGCCACCUGAGUGUCCGUGAGCGGGCCGAGGCGCUUAUCAGGUCCAGCCUGGGGUCCUCCACCAGCUCCACCCUGAGCUUCCUCUUUGGCAAAAGGAGCUUUUCCAGUGCUCUUGUCAUUUCUGGACUCUCUGCCGCAGAGGGGGGCAACACCAGUGACACCCAGUCGUCCAGCAGCGUCAAUAUCGUGAUGGGCCCCUCGGCCAGGGCCACUAGCCAGGCCAGACGGCACUUCUCUGAGCCGUGUGAACCCACCGACACUACCGAGCAGGGGCAGCUUCGCGAGCAACGUCCAGCUGAGGCUGUGGCAGACACGCUGGGGGUAGUCUGCAGGAGAGCGAGCCAGGAGGACAUGGGCCUGGAUGACACAGCAUCCCAGCAGAGUGCUUCGGAUGAGCAGUGACAGUGCGUCUGGUUGGGAACACUUGACUCCACAGCUCUCCCUGUGCCCACCAAGAUCAAGGAGAGUUAGUAUUUCAUUCCAUGGGAGGCUCUUCCUGUGGAAAAGGAGAGCUGUUCUAGAAAACAUAAUAACUUGAUCUCAGGUCCUUGAACAAAACUCAUGUGGUGAAAAAUAAAACGAAAAGAAGGCACCACCCCUUCCCCCAUGCACUGGGCUGCCCAGAGCAGCACCGCACUAACAGCACCACACACCUCCCAGGUCUGAAACGUCAGACAAAAGCCAUUUACCAUCUUCAACAACUAGGGUAAGCAGGGCCUGUGAAUAACGCCUUUCUGCCCUGAUGAAAACACACAACUGCAUGUUAAAUAAUUGGCAUUUUACACAUCACGUCACCAUGAAAAAGAGAUGAACAGCAGCACAUGUGAGGCCAUCAGCUAGUCACAUGCAUUACGGUGGUGUAAGGAAAACCUAAUUUCUUUGUCAUAUUUAUGCAAAUGUUAACUAAGCAUAACAGCGGCCGCUUCGUGACAACCUGGGACAGUGCAUGCAGUCGUGUCCUAGGUAAUCUGUGAUGAGCCAAGAUGUGUUGGGAUGGGAGUUUAGAAAUCGUGUCCCAUCAGUGCGUGGACAGCCACCAGGGGGUAGUGGUCACAUGAUGCUUCUCACUACUCCGGGUGAUCCGCAGGCCCUGGCCCUCCCACACGCUUCACAGGAGCCCAUGUUGUUCUCCAAGCCUAGCGACCCUGACUCAACCCUCGCUGUUUCAGGCCACAUGUACACACCUUUGUUUUUGGAAUUAAAAUGUUUAUAGUUA